AUGUCUCAGAGUGGCUUGAUCAAACACGAUGGUACGGGGAAGAAAGUUGAGAUCUCAAUGAAGCGGUUGAAAGUUACGGUGCCUCAUUUUGACAAUUCAAGUCUCAUUGAAGCAUACUCAAAAACUCUGAUUAGGCGGUGUAUGAAUCCUCAUAUGCAGGAUAUGAAAGCAUUACUUUACAUGCUCCCAAGGAUCUGGAAGGUUGAAGAUCGGGUGGCAGGUGCAGACCUGGGAUUGGGGCGUUUCCAGUUUGACUUUGAUCCGGAGGAGGACAUAAUGGAGGUACUGAAAAUGGAGCCUUUCCAUUUUGACUAUUGGAUGCUCUCAUUGGUGCGAUGGGCACCUGCGGUCAACCCAACAUAUCCUUCGGCAAUCAUGUUCUGGGUACGUAUCGUUGGUGUACUGCUGCACUUCUGGGCUGACGUAACCUUCGAAAGCAUUGGAAAAGCUCUCGGGGAUGUCAAAAAAGUCAAUUUGGACGAAGGAAAUGUACAGAUUGAUGGAGGAGUGGAAACAACGGUCUACCUGCGAUAUGAGAGGCUGUUCGGUUUUUACAAAUUUUGUCACAGCCUCUGCCAUGAUCAGCAAAGGUUUCCAAGCAGACCUGACUCUACAGAGAGGAAAGUGAAGGAGGAUUACAAUGACGAGCAUCGAAACGGUCAAGGAGCUGCAUCGUAUAAAGCUGCGACGGUCCAUGGCAAUGUGGGGAACAAAUAA